UGUCGUCGUCCCAACCCGCGCGUCCCAAUUGAUGACGCGUCCAAAAAUUGGGACUUUGCAAACUGCAACUUCAACAAGCACUUGAACUCAUCAGCGAAAUCUGUUUGGAAACCUUCGCGACUCGCUCCACGCCAGCAAUUCACAAGACAUGGCAACGGCCAGCUCAGACGAUCGAAGAGCAAAGGUUCUCGGUGAUUACAGAAAGCAACUCCUCCUACAUCGCGAAUUGGAUGCAAAGGUUAAAGAGCUGCGACUUGGUUUGCGCUCUUUAGAAAAGGACUUUGACAAAACAGAGGACGACAUCAAAGCGCUGCAGAGCGUGGGACAGAUUAUAGGGGAGGUGCUGAAACAACUGGAUGAGGAACGAUUCAUUGUGAAAGCUUCCAGCGGACCGCGAUAUGUCGUUGGCUGUCGAGAGCGAGUACCCAAAGAAAAGUUGAAGCAAGGCACACGUGUGUCGCUCGACAUGACAACCUUGACCAUCAUGCGAAUUCUUCCCCGCGAAGUAGAUCCCUUGGUUUAUAACAUGUCUACAGAGGAUCCAGGGAAUAUCUCUUUUGCUGGGAUUGGUGGGCUUGGCGAUCAGAUCAGAGAGCUGAGAGAGGUUAUUGAACUGCCAUUAUUGAAUCCAGAGCUGUUCUUGCGGGUCGGAAUAAAGCCACCAAAGGGUGUCUUGUUGUAUGGACCACCUGGAACGGGAAAGACGUUGCUCGCUCGUGCCGUCGCGAGCACCCUCGAAUGUAACUUUUUGAAGGUUGUAUCCAGUGCUAUCGUCGACAAGUACAUUGGAGAGAGUGCGAGACUGAUUCGAGAGAUGUUUGGCUACGCAAAAGAGCAUGAACCCUGUAUCAUUUUCAUGGACGAAAUUGAUGCGAUUGGUGGACGUCGUUUUUCCGAGGGAACUUCGGCCGAUCGUGAAAUCCAACGCACGCUGAUGGAGCUCCUCAACCAAAUGGAUGGAUUUGAUUACCUCGGCCAAACGAAACUCAUCAUGGCCACAAAUCGUCCGGACACACUCGACCCAGCCUUGAUGCGUCCUGGUCGGCUGGACCGUAAGAUCGAAAUCCCACUUCCAAAUGAACAAGGACGAUUGGAGAUUCUCAGAAUCCAUGCUGCACCAAUUACGAAGCAUGGUGAAAUUGAUUAUGAAGCGGUGGUGAAGCUCUCUGAUGGAUUUAAUGGAGCCGAUUUGAGGAAUGUUUGCACAGAAGCAGGAAUGUUUGCCAUUCGCGACGAGCGAGACUAUGUAGUUCAAGAUGACUUUAUGAAAGCCGUGCGAAAGGUGGCGGACAUGAAAAAGUUGGAGACCAAGCUGGACUAUGAAAAAGUGUAAUUGCUAGCUUUAGAGAUACCAACGAUGAUUUUCCUGUGCACGAUCCAGGGCGUUUUGGAAUGCAUUUUUCCCAUGCAGCAGCAGCACAGCGAUUGAGACCAUCAUUUCGGGAAGCACGACAAGAAGCGUUGCUGCUAGUCCUUUUCAUAUUAAUUGCUGAAGCCCUAUAAGGCUUCUACCAGGCCUAAUAUCCUGUCUCGCUCUGCAUUCUCUCUGUUGUCUCCCUUUCCAUCACCCACAUUCUCGGCAUAUUCUACAGGUUACAAAGAUAGCCGUAAGUCGGAAAUUUUUCAUUUCUGGAUGGUACAGCAUGCAAAAGGCG